AAGGCUUCACUUAACGCGUUUCGAUAUCGACCUUGACGAAACUCAUUCGGGAUCACUGAACAUCGUACAAAUAGGAGAAACAUUCCUGCACUCGGACUCAAAAACGCAGUGGUCUUUGGUAGCUUGUCUUGUUGAAGCAGACACAGAUACCUACUGGAAUCCUACCAAAUAUCCAAAAUGAUAAAUCUUCAACCUCAAGGAUGAACAAGAGCCACGUCUUGAAAAGAAAAUGAUAGCACCGCGAGCUCUACCUGCGCGAAUGAGUGGAUCAAAUUACAAGGUGUAGAGGAGAUUGAAUUACAGCAGACAGAAUUAAGUUACACAUUCCAAACUGGUGGAUGUGUAUAGAACAAAGUUACGGAACAAAUAAACAAUAGUUAGCGCUGUUUAUUAUCAGAACUGCAAACUGUGUAAAUACUGAGCUCCAAAGUUGCAUUGGCUGGACUCAGACCAGCCACGAAGUAGAUCAAAUUCUUAACGUCUGCAAAAUAUCGCGUGCUCCAUUUGCCUUAACUGCAGAGAAUUAACUUUCCCUCCACUCUCGCAGACUUUUACAGCUGGGGCAGUGAAUUGUUUCCAGCUCAUAGUUGUUGGUCGAAGUUCAGUUCCGGCAUUUCCAUCUAAGAUACGGGAGACCUGGCAACAACCUCAAAAAUGAGGUCGGGUGUGAAUUGGUGCAAGUGGGCGCGAAUGUUACUGAUAUUCACCGCAAUAUUUUUGUUUGGAUUUCUAAUUGGGUGGGUUGGAAGGCCCUGUGUGGAUAACUUUCCGAUGAAACCUCAAACUAUUGGGAGCAAGCUGCUGCAUGAAAUGCAAGCUGAAAACAUGAGAGUAUAUCUGCGGAAUUGGACGCGAUUUCCUCACUUAGCCGGAACUGAAAAAAGUCUCCAGUUAGCCCAACAGAUUCAAACACAGUGGAAGAACUGGGGACUGGACUCUGUUGAAUUAGUUCACUACGAUGUCCUGUUGUCUUAUCCAAACAAAAACAAUCCUAAUUACAUCUCUAUUAUUGAUGAGAAUGGAAAUUCGAUCUUCAACACAUCAUUCUUUGAACCGCUACCACCUGGAUAUGAAAAUGUAGAAGAUCAUAUCACACCCUUUAAUGCCUAUUCGCCAGCUGGCAUACCAAUGGGUGAUUUAGUUUACGUUAACUACGCUCGAACGGAGGACUUCUUUCAGUUGGAAAGAGAAUUGGGUAUCAACUGCACUGGAAAAAUUGUGAUUGCUAGAUAUGGGAAGGUCUUCCGAGGAAACAAGGUUAAGAAUGCAAUGAAAGCAGGUGCGAAAGGAGUCAUCUUUUUCUCAGACCCUGCUGAUUACUGUGCACCAGGGGUGAAACCUUAUCCAGAUGGCUGGAAUCUUCCUGGAAGUGGUGUCCAGCGUGGAAAUGUAUUAAACCUGAAUGGAGCUGGAGAUCCUCUUACCCCAGGCUUUCCAGCUAAUGAAUAUGCAUUUAGAUUGGAUGAAGGUAUUGGCCUUCCAAAAAUUCCAGUUCAUCCAAUCGGCUAUAACGACGCAGAGGCAAUACUACGUAACAUGGGAGGAAUUUCAGCCCCAGGUGAAUGGAAAGGGCAAAUGAAUAUUUCAUAUAACAUUGGACCUGGUUUCAAGGACAGUUAUUCCUCAAGCAAAGUCAGAAUGAAUGUUUAUACGAGAAAUGAGGUUAGACGAAUUUACAACGUGAUUGGCAAAAUUCGAGGAGCACUGGAACCAGAUCGGUAUGUCAUUCUUGGAGGGCAUCGUGAUGCCUGGGGAUUUGGUGGUAUUGAUCCAAUGUCUGGAGCAGUUGUUGUACAUGAGGCAGUGAGAAGUUUUACAAAGCUUAUGGAGGAAGGCUGGAAGCCCAGAAGAACCAUAAUAUUUGCCAGCUGGGACGCAGAAGAAUUUGGAUUAUUGGGCUCCACAGAGUGGGCAGAGGACAAUGCAAAACUACUACAGGAGCGGGGAGUGGCAUACAUCAAUGCAGAUUCAGCCAUCGAAGGUAACUACACACUCAGAGUCGACUGUAGCCCUUUGCUGUACCAGUUAGUUUAUACAUUAACCAAAAAGAUUCCCAGUCCUGAUGAUGGUUAUGAGGGAAAAUCCCUUUAUCAGAGCUGGUAUGAGAAAGAUCCUUGGACAGAGUACAAGGAAGCUCCGAGGAUAAGAAAACUGGGAUCUGGCAGUGAUUUUGAAGCUUAUUUUCAGCGACUUGGCAUUGCCUCUGGCCGUGUACGAUAUACAAAGAACAGGAGAACUGCCAAAUUCAGCAAUUACCCAGUAUAUCACAGUGCUUAUGAAACAUUUGAGAUAGUGGAGAGGUUUUAUGACCCAACCUUUAAGAAAAUUCUUACGGUGGCCCAGAUCCGAGGAGGACUGGUUUAUGAGAUAGCCGACUCUAUCAUCAUACCAUUUGAUUGCAGAGAUUAUGCUGAUGCAUUGACCAACUAUGCAAAUGUCAUUUAUGAACAAGCCAAGCAGCAUGAAACUCAACUUAACAAAUAUCAAGUUUCUUUUGACUCUCUCUUUUCAGCUGUACAUAAUUUUACUCGCAUUGCCACUGAUUUUCACAAACGGCUGGAAAAGAUCGAUGUCACAGACCCACUCGCUGUACGAAUAAUAAAUGACCAGUUGAUGCUCCUGGAAAGAUCCUUUAUCCACCAUAUGGGAUUACCUGGGAGACCCUUCUACAGGCACAUCAUUUAUGCUCCCAGUGCUCAUAAUAAGUAUGCAGGAGAAUCUUUUCCAGGAAUCUAUGAUGCUUUGUUCGACAUAGCAAAUGCUGCAGAUGAACACAAAGCCUGGCAAGAAGUGAAAGAGCAGAUUGCUAUUGCAUCCUUUACAGUGCAAGCUUCUGCUGGAACGUUAGAGGAAGUAUAACUUUAUUUCGUUUUACAGUUUUGAGAAGUUAAAUUGGGAGUUUAUGCUGUGACAAUAAGGUAUCUUGUCAUGAACAAUAACUUAGAAAACAAUUCUGUUUAUGCUCAACAUUAAAUGCAAUAUGUAUACUAUUCAUUGAUUGUAUACUAAAACUUUGGGUCAGUUAACUCAUUAGGCUGGAUAGGUGGUUUGUAAUGGAACAGAGUGGUGUCAACAACAUGCAUUCAACUCCCACCCCAGCUAAGGUUGCUAUGAAAGAUUUUUCCUUUUUAAACCUUCCUGUUGCCUGAAACCUGUUGAUCUUUAGCUUAAAUCACCACCAAUUGUCUCUCUUUAAUGAGAUAGCAACCCUAAGGUCCAAUAGGAUUAUGGCAACUCUACCCUUAUAUUCUAAAACCUAGCUGAAAAUGUGUUGCUGGAAAAG